GCCAGGCCCUGGCGGAGCACGGGCAGGGCAUGGCGCACCACUUCGAGGUCAUGUGCGUAGAUAGGAUCUCGCUGCAUCCUGGGGCGCCGGGCGUGAACGUCAAGACACGCACCCACACGAUCAACCUGAAAAUCCGCGCUCACCACCUGACCAGCUUGAUCAAGGUGGCAAAGCAGUUCGGAGUCAGUGAAUCAUUCGGCUCCAUCGACGUGCUGGAGGUGCGGUGCACCACGGAGCAGCCGCCGCAGCCGCCGGAGCCCUUCACGUCCUCCUGCUGGGGCCGAUGCCAAAGGAGGUGGCAGAAGUUCAAUAGCACUGCCUUGCAUCGCAUGUCCACCUUGGAGAUCCACACGGCUAUCGUGGCCAACAGCUUUCUGAGCUUCAACCACCUGGCGUGCAUCAUCAUCGCCUCUGGCAUGGCUGCCAUUGGCCUGAUCACGGAUAGCAGCGUCUUCGUGCUGGCUGCCUUCUUUGUGUCGCCCCUGAUGCAGAUGAUCCUUGCCACCGUGUGGGGCUUGACGGUGCAAGACAUGUACCUCACGACGCGGGGCUUUUGGAAUAUGUGCUUCGGCGCGUUGGUGUGCAUGGUCUACGGCUUUCUCUUCGGCGCGGUGCUGGGCUGCUUCACCAGCGAGCGGGACCUUAUCACUCCGGUGAAUGAAGGGAGAGGUAGCGCCACCUCCUACAUAUCCAUCAACACGCUUCAGAUCUCCUCUCGGGGGCCCCCUGCAGGCAACAUCCUAAUGUCCGGCAUCAUCGCGGCGCUCUCCGGCGUCGCCAUCGCCUUAGGUCAAGGGAGCGGAAUGGCAACUGCCCUGAUCGGCGUGUGCAUCUCUACCUCCCUGCUGCCGCCUCUGGUGAACGCUGGCAUGAUGUGGUCGCUUCAGCUCGCUUUCCCGCUUCUGCGGGACAAAGCAGGGUACACCCUGAGCGAGAUCGGCCUAUGCUCCCUGUACUUGUACCUGGUGAACAUCGUGUGCAUCAUCGUCUUCGCGUGGGCGGCCUUCAAGUUCAAGCACAUCGGGGGCCGGACCUUGCGGCCCAUGUCCCAAGCCUUGGUGGGAGUCGGAGUGCCUGAGACCGAGAUCAAUCCAGCGCAGAUCCCCGAGCUCCUGCGGAGCUUCAGCAACAGCUACGAACAGCUCAUGUCCCCCGAGUCCAACGAGCGCUUCAGAUGACCAGCUGAGUCAUGUGUGGGAAAGGGG